UCACUCUUCCUCCCUCCUGCCUGAAAAAAUCAGAUCCCGCGCUUCGCAGCGGAGUGCGUGCCAAUCCAGCUUCCAUCUCCCGCCUCCCCCACGCCCCCGGCCCCCCAUCAUGGCGUCCUCGUCGCCUCAACUCAAGGAACCGUCGUCCGCGGUGAAGCGGGCGUCGACGGGCCCGACGGCGCUGCCCGAGCGCAACAAGAGGAAGACGUCGCCCUCGCUCCCCGAGGCCUCGGGUGCCACACAGCAGCCGGCCAAGCGGAAGCCGCCGUUGUUCCAGCGCGCGUGGUCCCCCGGCGACGAGGUCCGGAUCCUGGAGGCCCUCGCCACGUACCGCCGUGAACAUGGCGGCCGCCUGCCAACGCCGGUUGAGCUAUUCGGCGCGCUCGAUGGCAGCCUCGAGAAGGAAGGCGUCGGAGCAAAGGAGCUCGCCAUCAAGCAGCGCAGCCUCAAGCGCCGCUACGACCGGGACGUUAUGAAGAAUGCUCCGCCCGCCGAUAAACACGAACGCCGCCUCUACCUCCUCUCCAAGCACGUAUGGGGACGCGUUCCGCCAACCAGACCACCGGUUGCCAAGGUCCGAAGUGCUACUCAAGCGAAGUGCGCCGGCGCCCAAGCAAGCAACGCCGCUGCCCAAGCCCAAGCGAAGAGCGCCGACCGCCAGUCCGGCAAGGAGGCGCUGAAGCCCAAGGCCAAGACUUUGGAUGAGAUGCGCGAGCUGUAUCCUUACCUGGUUGAUGAGGCCACGAUCCUUGUCGAACCGGCGGUGCUGGAGAGAGUGCUCCUCAACAUUGAAGACAUCGACGCCCAGGUGUUGGACAAGAAGAUCAGGAAGGCGAGGAAGCAGCUCGCCGGUGCCAUCACGGAAUCGGCAAGGAUUAACAACAUGGAAAUGCCUACAAUAUUUCUGUUUACAUCCAGCAAGCUUCAACCAGAAAAGUUAAGAGUGGAAAAUGACAAUAAUCUUUUGGUUGAUCAUUUGGAGAAAAUGGAUGAUGUGGAUAUUUGUGCUAAACAACGAUUGGCAAGAGUGGAACAUGAAGUAAUGGAGUUGAGACAGACUGUAAUAGCUUACCAGGCUCAGGCAAAGGGUAUAAUAUGUGAAUCAGCCAAGAGUGGUCUUCAAUCAAUUGUAGCUGAAAAUCAGACUCCAGCCAAUGUACUACAAAAGAAGACAGAAGUACCAAAUGGCUUGAUCCAUAAAAAGAAUGCGGCGGUUACAUCAAAAUAUUAUUGUGCCGUUCCCCACAAUGUUCCUCCCAAUAAGCCGAAAAUGCAAGGGGUGAUGUUGCCACCAUUUAAGGUGUUUCCUGGUAUGCCUAGGAAGAUUGACAAAAGUCCAACUCCAAGCAAAGCGAUUUGUAAGGGGCCAUAUGUUGAUUAGGUUAUAAAGGCGACGACCAGGUUUCCUUUGUAACAUAGCUCUACUAUGUGUUUCAUAAAAAAAAAUAUGUGGCAGCGAGAUCGUGCUUUGUUGAUUCUGCCCAGCAUCGUCUACAUUUCUUGCUGGGUAUGUCUUGCCGCAUCUCAUUUUGGUCCAAGCUGCACCAUGAUCCAGCACAGCAGUAUGUAUGGCUCGAACUGUUCUGGGUCUCAUAAGACUACCGCACCCUGUAAAUAUAGUAGUGGGUCUAUAUUUUGGUGAAAUGUCUGCAAAAAAGGUUAUCUAGAUGUUGCAGAUGUCCUGUCAAACUGAUGACAUUAUUAGCAACGAGUGUCCUCUGAUGCACUAGUACCACUGUAAGAUUGUUGAACUCUGGUUGUAAUCCUUGUUAAGCAAUGAAGCUCACAUCUUAUAUGCUGAUACAA